AUGGUGUCCCUCCCUGGGCCGGCGAUGAACCCUUUCCCAUCGGAUUUUAAUGGAUUUCCGGAGAAUAAAAAGCUCCUUUGGUACAGACCUAACUCUGCUAUAUACGUGAAGUUAAUUGUGAUGCUUGGAAAAUGCAAGCAACCUAAGAGAGCAAAUUCCUUGUUUCAAGCCAUGAUUGAUGAAGGAUGUGAUGUAAACCAAGAGUCAUACAUUGCUCUUCUCUCUGUCUAUAGCCGAAGUGGCCUAUUUAGAAAAGCAUUUUCUAUUCUAAAAGUGAUGAAGAACACACCCAACUGCCACCCUGAUGUCUACACAUAUUCCAUCCUCAUAAAAUCAUGCCUUCAUUUUCAUGAGUUUGAUAAAGUGCAAUCUCUGCUUUCUGAAAUGUUCUCACGAGGAGUCAACCCGAACACAUUUACUUACAAUACCCCUAUUGAUGCAUACGGGAAAGCAAAAAGAUUCGCUGAUAUGGAAUCAACAUUAGUGGAAAUGCUUCGCCAAAGGGAAUCGGAAAUGAAGGGGGUGUUGGUGAUGAUGGAAAGUAAAGGGUGUGAACCUGAUAAGAUUACGUAUAGAACUAUGAUUACAGCUUACAAUAUGAAUGGAAUGAGUAACCAUGUGAAGGAGUUGAGGCUUAUGCUUUCUUCAGUUGGAAAAUCAGAUUCUAGAUGA